UGAAACAGAUUGAAACGCAAUGGCAACUGCCCCAACGGCACGGCAGCAACAACUUUUAUCCUGUUUGUAAUGACACGGAGACAGCGACGCCGCUGAAGGAAACUACUUUCUAAUGUGAGAACUACAAGUCGAACAAUUCCGCCAGCCCGAAAAUGUCCCAGGGAUGUACCGUUUCUGUGGAAGAAAUCCAGUCUUGGUGGGAAGUCCCCGCCAUAGCCCACUUCUGCUCGCUGUUCAGGACAGCGUUCAACCUUCCCGACUUUGAAAUAGAGGAGCUGGAGAAAGCCCUGUCGGAACAGGACUUGGACUUCCUCGGGGACCUCGUUGCGUGUCUGUUGCAGGGAUGCUAUCAGCGCACCGACAUCACUCCCCGAGCAUUUAGCAGUUACCUGGACGACAUCAUAAGCUACCGCUGGGAACUGGAAGAGGGGAAGCCAAACCCACUUCGAGAGGGGUCCUUUGAGAGUCUCCCGCCUCGCACUCAGGUGGAACUGCUGCACCGGCUCUGUGACUACCGCCUGGAUGCUGCCGAUGUCUUUGACCUGCUUAAGGGGUUGGAUGCAGACAGCCUGAGGGUUGAACCCCUGGGGCAAGAUGGAAACGGAGCCCUCUACUGGUACUUUUAUGGCACUCGUAUGUACAAAGAAGAGCCAGUCAAGAGGAAGACAGAGAAGCUCGGUGAAACAACUGAACUAACAUUACCGGAAAAAAAGAAGAGGGGGAGACCACCAAAGAAGAGGAGGUUGGACGACCCUCAGCUAAGUGAUGCGGAUAGUGAAGACAUGACAGACGCGAAAGAAGACGAUGGACCAGUGGAGCUUCCCCCAAGCACAGGCCAUAAGCGUGGCGCUUGGUCCCUCGUGUGUGAUACAGAGGAAGAAUGGGUCAGUCUGGCAGAAAGCAUCAAGGACAAAACCUCCCCACAGGAUCGCCACCUCUACCGUGUCAUCAGCCAGAACUUCCUGCCUGAGAUCAGCAGCAUGAUUGAGCACAAGGAGCGGGAGCAGAAACAGAAGUUACUGGACCCAGCCCCAGUUCGCAUAUCACAGCGGUUCUCUGAAAAUCACAUCAAACAAGAUAAUGAGGACCAUGUCAAGACCAUAGGAGAGGAGGAAAAGACAAAAGACGAAGAGCUUGACAGACAGAUCCUGCUGGCGGAGCAGCGGCGAGAAGAGGAAAGACUUCUGCAGGAAGAACGCCAGAGAGAGAAGAUGGAGAAGAUCAAAGCAGUGGAGGAGCGAGCAAAGAGACGAAAGAUGCGAGAGGAAAAGGCCUGGUUGCUGUCUCAAGGAAAAGACCUGCCGCCUGAACUCCUGAAUCUAGAGCCGUCCUCUCCUGUCCACAGAACACGCAGGAAUAAAGAAUUCUAUGAAAUUGAUGAUGACUACACUGCUCUAUAUAAAGUGCUCGAGGCGCUGAAAGCCCACAAAGAUGCUUGGCCUUUCUUAGAGCCUGUUGAUGACUCCUAUGCUCCCAAUUACCACGAAAUUAUCCAGACUCCUAUGGACCUGUCCACCAUCGAGAAGAAACUCAAUGAUGGGGAGUACGUUUCCAAGGAGGAGUUCAUUGCCGACGUGAAACUCAUGUUUGAAAACUGCGUCGAGUACAAUGGAGAUGACAGUGAGUACACUAUCAUGGCGGAGUCUCUAGAGCGGUGUUUUAACCGGUCACUAUUAAAGCACUUUCCUUCUGAGGAUGGUGACACAGAUGAGGAGUUCCACAUCAGCCGGGAAGACAAGGAGCGCAAGGACAAAAAGCGCAACCGUGGAAAUAAACAUUUGGGACCUGAAAGCUUGAUCAAAGCUACCGAGCAAGUCCAGCGCAAGCGAAACUUCCAGGGAGGCAAGGGCAGCACGCCUUCAGAUGAAGAGGACAGCAAGCUCACACGACCACCUCCCCCUCACUACUGGGGCAAUGGUCCCCCUUACCUCCACAGCUACCCCCCAAGUCAGCAACACAUGCAUGAAGGAGACCUUCGGCGAAUGUACCACCCAGGGCAACAGCUCCGUCGACCUCCUGGUCCCCUCGGUCAUCAUGGUCCACAUAUGUAUGCCCAAAGAAUGCCCAUGGAUCCACGCUUUUCCUAUCCACUUCAUGUGGCCAGACAUGGAGAUCCCAACUUGAACCGCUUGCCCCACAACUUAAACAUGCAGCAUCGGAUGGUUGAGGGGCAUCCCAUGGGCCCCAGGUAUCCAAUGGGCCCUGAUCCUAACCAGCAACAGCCUCCGCAGCAGCACCCCUACAUGGGUCCGACGCACGGCCCAUCCUUGGGCCCACGUCCCAUGGCCCACCAGCCUGGACCUCCUCCUGAAGGCAGCAUGUACCCAUCCCACCACCGUCCAGAGGGCCCUCCCAUGCAUCCUAUGGACAACAGAUUCUCAGGGCCCGACCGACAGCCUCAGCACAACUACCCGGGCAUGAGGCCCCCUGGUAUGGGUUUGUCUAACAUGUGGACUGGUGUCAAUCAUCAGGGCCAGGAGAGGCCCAAUGCCAUGCACAUGCAGGAUCCCAACAUGGUGAACCAGCGCAACUAUGGUUAUGGUGGAAUUCCCCCUCCAGUGGGGCAUAAACCAUGGCCAGAAGCUGCUGGAUACCCCCACCAUCCUUCCAAUGCCCAGUAUCAAAUAACUGCCGCGUCCGACUCCCCAGGGCCCAUGUCCUCACGGCCGCCUGCGCCCCACCCAGACUCCUCUGGCAGGACACGUUUGGCUUCCAUGCUGGAGAGCCCAGAGAUGCUGGCCCUGCAGCAGCUGUCAGCCUCUUCUGGACCCCCUGCUGGUGCCCCUCAUCAGCACGUAGGAAACUUACAGCAGCCUGGGCCCCCAACUGGAAUUGGCACCAUCCCAGCACACCCCUCUCAGCAUCCUCCCCCUGCCCCUGAGGUUCAGCUGCUGCGUCCUGCUGGAGACAAAGGGCCAGACAGCCAGUCUUCCCAACAGACAGACUCACACCCCAAAGGCAUGAUGUCAAAGAGCAAAAUGGCAGCCAACAACGUUCCAGAUGAAGAAUCAUCACACAAAAACAUUGCUUCAAUUAACCAAGAGCACCCGUCCAUCCCUAGCCCCACAGGACAUUACAGUGGGCCAGCAGAUAGAAUGCAGAGCCCCACAGGCCCCACUUUGGGCAGAUCACAAGAGAGCUCCACUGGAGCAGGGCCCGCGAAUAACUUAACAGAAAGCCCCAAACAGGAGGUAGAUGGCCAAGGACAAUCUGCUAGCCACUUUCCUGCACAACCCAAUAGUGCCAUUACCGUCUCAACCAACUCAACCGAUCCUGCACCAUCCAACCCUCCUCAACAUACACCCAACAGUCCACACCAAAAUGCUCCAAGCCCCGCGCUUCUUCCCCAGAACGUACCACCAUUGCAUGUUACGAGCUCUCCGAAUUCCACUCAGCAAAUCUCAGAGAACAACUUGAGACACGCACAGAAUGCACAUCAGCUAAGCGAACACCAGCAGAACAUCCAAAAACACGAACAACCUCAAGCAAAUGGUACCCCUCCCCAAAGCUUCCCUCAGAACUCUCCUCAGCCGAUGACCCAGAACACGCAGCAGCAUAAUUCAGUGCUACCUUCCCACCAGGUCACCCAAAGUAUCUCACCACAAUGCCCUACACAGAGCAUGCAUGGGACACCACAGAGUUCCAUUCAAGGUACCCAGCCUGUACCCCCCCAGCCAGCUCCUCUCACCUCUUUGCCACCCAGUCAUCCUACUCCGCUAUUACCCUCCCAACCUAGCCCAGCAGACCAUGGAAAUCAAAGACCUAGUGAGCCUACUAGUAGGCCAGACACAGAGGGUGCUGCCAUUUCUCCAAAGCCCACCAUGAUGACUCCAGGACCUCCAAGUACUAAUCAUAAACACCAGGCUUUUAGCCCCAAUCCCCAUCAAACCCAGCUUAUGGGUAGUAACCUGGGUAUGCAGGCCCAAAGAGGGACACCAAAUGGUCACAAUCCAGCCAUGCCUCCCCACUCACAAGGCCAGGUAAAUGGAGCUAUGGGUCCUUAUGGCACGGGAAACCCUCCACAUCCACACUACAAUCAGACAAACAUGACCAGACCUAUGCAUCCAUCUGCUCACCACCCAUAUCACAACCAGGCAAUUAAUGCCCUUCACGGUCCUGCUCCCCACCCCACCUACCACCAGCAAGGAGGGACUGCCUACCCCUACCACAUGCAAGGUCAGCAGCACCCUCAGGCUCAUAAUAACAUGUACCCACCUCAUCAGUACCAGCAGCAGACCUAUUUCUCCCAACCUCAUCCCCAAGCCCAGGUCCAUACCCAGGCCAACAGUAGAGGGGGUUACCCUCCAGAGGAAUGGCAACGGGCUCAUUAUCAUCCUCGCCAGCCAAUGCCACCCAACGCCUAUUUAUCCGUAACCAAUGCUAGGGCCAACAGUCAGUCGAAGGAGAGCAGUGUGUCACCACUGGGCUCUGAAGGCUCUAGUCGUGCUAGUUUGGUGUCCCCUGGCCCUGUGUCUGAAGUAGGGCCACAGCCGGGAGGCACAGACAAAGGGAGUGGUGACAGUCCAGUAACACAGGCUCAUAACGAGAGCUCAGAGCAACCAGAAAGCCCUAAAGAAAUCCUGGACCUAGACAGUCACAAUGCUGCUGCCCGCCGUCGGACCACCCAACUUGCUCAGCAGCAUCCAACCCACUCUGCUGGACACAUGGCACCCGCUUUUAUGUAUGGUCCUCGAUCCUUGCACCCAGGGGUGCAGCCAGGCGGCAUCCCUCCUCCACAUAUGAUGUCUCAAAGCUGUGGAGUUGGGAACAGAGCUCCGUACCCUGGACAACCAUACCCAGAUCAAGGACGCUAUGCCGCCCAAAGACCUCACCCACACCUGAUGGAAGCUCUGCAGAGGCCACAGCAGCUGCCUUUCUCCCCAGGCCAGACACGAAUGGCCAUGUACAGACACCCCCGACCUGGUGGACACUUCCAGGGCAUGAUGAUGCAGCAAAGGGGGCUCGUCCCAGAACGCUUCUUACACCCAGGGCAACAGAUGAUGGCUGCUCCGGGCGGUUCUGGCAGUAAACAGGGAUUGUGACACACCUUAUGAUGAAAACAUGUGGUCAGCAAACAUCUGGACGUAGCAGUGAGCCAAACAUGUGCUGAGCAGAUGACUAAAGAGUUGACAGUUUGCUCAACACGCAUCUCCUACUGAUAUUCUUACACUGUGCUUAAGUUUUCCCCAGCAGUGACUUUAAGAUCCGACCAGGCAGCUGGUAUUACUAAAGCAAAUAUAAUGUGAAAUUUUAUUGGUCUCUGGAGGGCAAUUCUCUUCUCACUAGCUCCUCUCCAGACAGAGCUCGUAGUGGGGUACAGAAUGUCACUGUCCAACUGCUUGGGAUUCACAGACUUGCACGAGGACACUUGAUUAAAACGUCUGCUUCCCAUCGUGAGCGUUUUGAACUUUAAUCCUUCAGCUGAAGGGCGCCCUUUUUAACCACUAGGUCAACCUGUCAAACACAGGGGACACUGCCUUCAAGAACACUGGACAGCCCUCAUCUCUUCGAGCAGUUGAAACUUCGAUGAAUUAAUGGCCGCUGAACACAGCCUGCCUAUCUUGUCCAUUGACUGUAGGACACGGGGGCACUACUGAGAGGACUGUGAUAAAUAAGAAAAGGAACUGUUGUGUUUUUUUUUUUUGUUUUUUUUUUUACUAACAUCUUCUAUUUCAACCAUAUCUUUAAACUCAGGUGUAGAACUAGGAGGUACUACGAGGCUGUCAACUAAACCCAGUCAACUCACAAGCCCCUUGAAGUUGCCUUGGUUUCCUUUGUGAAUGUAUGAGCCAAUGUGUAGACAAUAAAUGCAGCACAAAAGUUGCAAGUGAAAGGACAAACCGCUCUCAUCAUCUGUCUGUGGCAUGAGCCCAUCUAGCCCGUUUUUCUGUCCGGUCUCCACCCCGACUCUAACAACGUUGCCCUCCUACUGGAGUAAACACACAGUAUAUGCAUCUUUCAAAGCUGCCUUCAUUUAUAAGAAUGUCUAUGACUAGCAGAGAGGAAGGGACAAGGAUGGUGCUGUUUGUGUCUCAUUGCACCCGAUUCUCUGUUAUGCACUAUGGAUUUUGUUAGUCAAGACAUCCUGGAAUUGAGUGGCCUUGGGUAGUCUUAUUCAUAUAUGUAUGAAAAAGUUUAUAUUGAUUACAACCCUUCACCGCGGAGACUUACCUCAGAUGAGGAUAAUCUAAAAUUCUCAGAUUGUGACAUAUCCCACUAGCUGUUAUAUGCACAUGCACAGAACAAACACACACAAAAUCUUCCUUUUUAUUUAUUUUAUAGUGUUACAUUCCCCCCUGCAUAUUUCUAGCUUUAGUUAAGUUUCUUCAUGCCCCUGCCAUUUGCAUGAUUGCUUCUUUGAGUGCUUCCUCCUCCCCAUGUCAAUACUAAGUGUAUCCUCAGGGUGUACAGUUUCUAUAUACGGGUAUUGUUCAUAAUUAUUUGAAGGGGGAGCAGCAUGAGGAAAAUGGGACUGCUGUUUGCUGCUACUGUGGCAAAUCGAUCCCUUUAUGAAGCUGUUGACUUUCAAGGGUCUGUAUUCCUUAAAAACUGGAUUAACACGCUGCCAACCUUUUUUUUUUCUUUUUAAUUUAUUUACAUUGAUUAAGUUGGUUCUAAUUUGCGUUAUUCAACAUUCCUCUUAAUUUGAUUUUGCCGUCAAAAUUGUUUUUGUCCUCUUUUAACAGCCAGCGUAUUUCAUUGCCACUGGUGUGACCUAUGGAGGUUUAAUCUUUUGUCUGCGACCGACUAGUGCAGUUUAGCAAUGGCAGAAAAUGAAUCUACCUCAUCUUGCCAGUCCGUGGCAUCUACAAAGUCCCUCCACUUCCUCUCUUGCUCUGCCAGUCUCCCAUGGCUCCACAUUUUAUGACCAGCUGAUCUGAAUUUGAACUGUUGCACCACUUUUUGAUUGUAGGCUUACAAAACUGAUAGUUUAACAGCCUUACAAUACUACAAUAUCAUCUUGAUGUGUCAGAUUGCUGUGCCCUGUUAUGAGUACUGGCCGAGAACAUUGACCUAAGGUGCUGAAAUGUAAAGUCUUUUUUAUGCUUCUCAGUUUUUUUUUUUUUUUAAUAUUGCGGAAGUAUGAUGAACAAUAUAACAUCUUAUGUCUGAAAUGUGACUCUGUACGGUGGUCUCUUAAGUUGUACAGAUUGCUUGUCAUCCCGUCUGUUGUCGAAAGACACUUGGGCAGUAUUCCAAUGUUAUGUUCGUAACGGGCCGCGUACAGUUAGUUAUAGCCACGUACUUUUUAAAGGCAUUGAAGGAAAUAACUGAGAAAGGGAGAUGGAAUAGGGAAAAGUUAGAAGCUGUGAGACAAUUUUUAUAAACGUGUCACACAAGAUUUGUAAUGAAUGAUUUGCUAUUUAGUUAAAAUAGGGAAUUGUCUGAAUAUUUGCUGAGGAAGAAGUGUGUUAAUUUCUACUGUCUAAUGAACGAGGACAGUGCUGUUUUUAAAGAUCUGUGAGGUUGUGAUGUUGUUGUUAUGGUGUACAGAGGUGUGUGUGUGUGUGUGUGUAUGUAUAAAAGCGUAUGUGUGAGUUUUUCUGGUGUGUAAAAUCAUCACCAGGCAAUUGGAAGUGUGCAUUCAAUUUUCACUUUUACUCUGCUGUCAUCUCUCUGCACUAGCGAAAACCAUUUAGGCGUGAUUAAAUGUGAAUCAUAUUUAUUUGCUCUUUUAAGAAUUUUUGUACAUUUUCUGACUUGUUUUAAUAUAAAUAUGUCUGUUCCCUUCUCUCUUGAUGUUGUUUUUUGGUGUUUUUUUUUUAAGCAGUUGUCUUUUACCUCAGUAGCAUGACAUUGAAAAAAAGACCUGUACCCUUCCCUUUUCAGUGACGUUUACAAGUUCUUAUCUGACUGACAUAGAUUAUUUUGGAAAUGGAAUGGAGUAUUUUCUAUACUGUACAUUUCUUAGAAAUAAAUAACUUUUCUCAAAUAA